AUCCUGGGAUUCAUCUGGUUUCGGAAAGACCUUUCGCUACCAGCUGGCGGUCACCUCACUGUUCUUUAAAUAGUCGAGCCUUGAGGUCUUUUCACUGUGGUCUGUUCUGAUGAAUGGCCCCACCAGCGGGAAACAGAAUGACCUUGUUCUGUGGGCGAGACAACUGUGAAAGAAGAAGCUGUGUGUGCCGAAGUCUGUGGGAGGAGAGGACCACCUAGAAUGUCCCCGCCAAACCAGUCAGUGGAAGGCCUCCAGGAGGCCUCCAACAGAUCUCUGAAUGCCACAGAAACCCCAGAAGCCUGGGAUCCAGCGACCCUCCGGGCCCUCCAGAUUUCCCUUGCCGUGGUCCUUUCCAUCAUCACCCUGGCCACGGUCCUUUCCAACGCCUUUGUGCUUACCACCAUCUCCGUCACCAAGAAGCUGCACACCCCCGCCAACUAUCUCAUUGGCUCCCUGGCCGUGACCGACCUCCUAGUUUCCACCUUGGUCAUGCCCAUCAGCAUCGCCUACACCAUCACCCACACCUGGAGCUUUGGCCAGGUCCUGUGCGACAUCUGGCUGUCUUCUGACAUCACGUGCUGCACGGCCUCCAUCCUGCACCUCUGUGUCAUCGCCCUGGACAGGUACUGGGCCAUCACGGACGCCCUGGAGUACAGUAAGCGCCGGACGGCGGGCCACGCCGCGGCCAUGAUCGCCGGCGUCUGGACCAUCUCCGUCUGCAUCUCCAUCCCCCCGCUCUUCUGGCGCCAGGCCGAGGCCCACGAGGAGCUGUCGGCCUGCCAGGUGAACACCUCGCAGAUCUCCUACACCAUCUACUCCACCUGCGGGGCCUUCUACAUCCCGUCCGUGCUGCUGCUCAUCCUCUACGGCCGCAUCUACGCGGCCGCCCGCAGCCGGCACGGGCACCUGGCCGGCUCCGCGCUCUUCUUCAGCCAGGUGAGGAUCAAGCUUGCCGACAGCGCCCUGGAGCGCAAGCGGAUUUCCGCGGCCCGCGAGAGGAAGGCCACCAAAACCCUGGGCGUCAUUCUGGGCGCCUUUGUCAUCUGCUGGCUGCCCUUCUUUGUGGUGUCCCUGGUCCUCCCCAUCUGCCGGGACUCGUGCUGGAUCCACCCGGCCCUUUUUGACCUGUUCACGUGGCUGGGCUAUUUAAACUCCCUCAUCAACCCGGUCAUCUACACUGUGUUCAACGAAGACUUUCGGCGAGCGUUUCAGAAAGUGGUCCGUUUUCGGAAAGCCUCUUAGUCUCGCCCGGCGGUGACUCCUGUUAUCUUUUGUAUCCUGUCGGGAAUUGUUUCUUUGUUUAUUUUUCCUGAGAUUUGGGUUAAUCCUGAGGUUUCGGGUUUGGGGUCAAUCAGCGGAAUUGUCCAGCGUUCUUUUCGCUGUUGUCUUCUUGACUUCUGAGCCACCAAAAGCUGGGAAGCGGUAGGAAAGGGGACAGAGACUGGAGGCUUCACUUAGCAUAAUGUUUUCAGGGCUCAUCUGUGUUGGAAGGAACAUGACCCACAGGGUUGCCCCAGUGGUGCAAUUCAGGCAGAAACCUGUCUGACUGUGGGGAAACCUGGCCUCAAAAGAGGGGCUUUCUGGUCUACCUAAGUUUUGUGGGGAACUCGGAGGAGAUUAAUGACCUGAAUUGAAAGCACUUGGAGUCGGGAAGGAGGAGUCUCCAUUCCAUGUGGCACCUUGAUUGGAAAAUAACACCCAGGGAUUUCAUCUCCUGAUUCCUCCUUAGAUUGACUCUCUCCCAGUUGUUCAUUUGAAGUGACAACGAUAUAGAGUGACAGAGAGACUCAGAAGCUGGUUGGGACCAGAUCAACUACCCUGAACCCUUCCUGCUUCUCCAACAUCUCUGCACCCUCUUGAUGUUCUGAAGCUAAAGCGCACAAUCACCCCCACUGAAGUAGGUUUGCGUGGGAAAACAUUCUGAUUUUUUUUCCUGAAUUUUUACAUCUUAAGAUGUUGAGUCUUAUUAAAUAAAAAGCAUGAGA